GGUAGAGAGAGAGCGAAGGCUGAUAAAUUUGGCAAGAUCGGCACGCCAAGUUGCCGUCGUUUGCAGCGCAAGCACGAAGCCGCCUUUUCUUAAUCUUCAAAACUCGGCCGACAGAAGUCUCUCUCUCUUUCUCUCUAUUUAUAACCUCCAGCACUUGAUCUUUCUCCUUAAAUCUCUCCAUAGAAAACCAAUCUCGACUCCCCCUAUCCCCUCUCUUUCUCCCUCUCAAGAAUCAAGAGAUUACUAUGGAAAGCGAACGCUACGAUGAGACGACAGAGGGGCAGCGAAUCAAGAGAAGGCCGCACCAGCAGCAGCAGCAGCAGCAGCAGCGGCGGCAGAAGCCUUACAGGGGUAUCCGGAUGAGGAAGUGGGGCAAGUGGGUGGCCGAGAUCAGGGAGCCCAACAAGCGCUCCCGCAUCUGGCUCGGCUCCUAUGCCACCCCCGUGGCCGCCGCCCGCGCCUACGACACUGCCGUCUUCUACCUCCGCGGCCCCUCCGCCCGCCUCAACUUCCCCGACCUCAUCUGGCGCGGGGAGGACUCGCUGGGCGAGGUCUCGGCCAACUCCAUCCGCAGGCGCGCCGCUGAGGUCGGCGCCCAGGUCGAUGCUGUCCAGGCGGCGGCGGCCAAGUCGAGGCCAUGCUGUGCCCCUGACUUGAACGAGUACCCGAAACUGGAGGACUCGGAGGAGUUUCAUCGCGAAUCUGUGUUUUGAAAUACUUUCUUCAUGGGAAAAGACGGGUUCUGGAAGAAAAACUGACUGCCUCAGAUCAAAGAGGCAUUAACUUAGGCCAGGGCUCGGGAGAUUGAAGGACCAAAAGAACAGUGAUCUCUUUGCGCGUGCAGACCAGCGUAACGUCCGUCUCCAGUUCUGAUUAAGAAAAGAGAUUUUAGAGCCUCUAGUUCUUCGAGUUCGGGAGGAAAUUUCUUGUACAAUAUUCCUAGAUCAUAGAGAUUAAGCUCUUCUCUUUGGUUCUCAGAUGGGAUAUCUCCGUCUCACCGAUGCUGGGAGCUUUACCAUAAACAGUGACAAUAUAGACAGAGACAUAUUCUGCACCGGGUGGCAGCUGUAAUAUGGAUUUGAUGUUUUAUGAGAUUAGAAUGCCCUCCCCAAUCUUGAAAA